AUGGCCUCAUGUCUUGUGCAAAAUUCCGAAAACAGCCCCAACGAAAUUGUUCGCCCUGCUGCCAACUUCUCUCCUAGCUUAUGGGGUGCUCAGUUCCUCGAUUACGAAUCCGAUACUCAGGCGAAGCGAGAGCUCUUUGAGACUGUUCAAGUGCUGAAGAGCAAAGUUGAGAGCAUGCUGAAGACAGCAAGUGAGGGCAACAUUGUGGAUGCUAUCGAUCUGAUUGACACGCUGGAGCGGCUAGGCGUGUCGUACCAUUUUGAAAAGGAGAUUGAAGAGAUCGUACAACAAUUGUUUAAUCUCAAUACAAAUUAUGAGGAUGAAUCCUUUGAUUUGCAUGCAGUUGCACUUCAUUUUCGUGUGUUUAGGCAGCACGGCCACCGUAUAUCUUGUGAUAUAUUUGAUAAGUUCAAGGAUGGAGACGGUAAAUUUCACGAGGCCCUUAACAGCGACGGAAAAGGUCUGUUGAGCUUGUAUGAAGCAGCACAUCUAAGAACACAUGGGGAAGACGUGCUGGAAGAUGCUCUUGCUUUCGCAAAAUCCAACCUCAAGGCCAUGGCACCAAAUUUAAGCUCGCCCCUUAGGAAACAAGUUGUGCAUGCUCUAGUUCAACCCUUCCAUUUUGGCAAUCCAAGAAUCGAAGCACGUAAUUUCAUUUCUUGUUACGAAGAGCACGAGGCUAAGAACGAUAUCCUCCUUAGGUUUGCUAAAUUGGACUACAAUUUACUACAAAUGCUUCACAAAGAAGAGCUCCGACAAGUCUCAAGAUGGUGGAAAGAAUUAGACCUUAUUUCCAAGCUUCCAUAUGCUAGAGAUAGAGUGGUUGAGUGUUUCUUUUGGGCUAUGGGAGUCUAUCACCAACCUCAAUACUCUCGUGCUCGAAUCAUGCUCACUAAGACCAUUGCUAUGACUUCUAUUAUUGAUGACACUUAUGAUUCUUAUGCUACAAUUGAGGAGCUUGAUAUUUUUACAGAGGCCAUCGAAAGAUGGGACAUUAGCCAAAUUGAUGCACUCCCAGAGUAUUUGAAACCAUUAUAUGAAGCUCUUUUGGAACUAUACGUGCAAUUUGAGCAAGAAGUCGCAAACGAAGGAAGAUCGUAUGCCGUAUACUAUGCAAAAGAAGCACUCAAGGAACUGGUGAGGAGCUACCAUGUGGAAGCCAAGUGGUUUAUUCAGGGAUACUUGCCACCAUUUUCCGAGUACCUCGAAAAUGCUCUAAUCACAUGCACUUACUGUUAUCACACGACCACAGCCUUGCUCGGAGAAGAAUCUGCAAAAGAGGAAGACUUCAAAUGGCUAAGUCGUAAACCUAAGAUGCUUGUUGCCAGCCUCAAAGUUUGUCGCCUCAUUGACGACAUAGCUACUUAUGAGGUUGAGAAAGAAAGAGGGCAAAUCUCUACUGGGAUCGAAAGUUACAUGAAGGAAAAUGGGGUGUGCAAAGAAGUCGCGGUGGAUAAGUUUUUCGAGAUAGCUAUAGAUGCAUGGAAGGACAUGAAUGAGGAGUGUCUUAAGCCUUCUUCCCACCCAAGGAACGUUCUAAUGCAUAUUCUCAAUCUCGAGCGUAUAAUAGACGUCACAUAUAAGGGCAACGAAGACGGUUACACUCAACCGGAAAAGGUUUUGAAACCACACAUCCUCGCCUUGUUUGUGGAUCCUAUUAAAAAUUGA